UAUAGAUGCGUCUAAAAACAAGUUUGAAUUAUGAAGAAAAAUGAUGAAAAAACUGAUGAACAAAUUGAAUAGAACCGCUGCUGCCUUAACCUUCCUACCAGCUUUGAGAAAGUUUGAUCCGGAAGAGAAAGACAAAGCAUUCUAUCUAUUGAAAAGGCAUGUGCACAAUACCAGAAGAUUUAGACUUUCUGAAAUAAACAAAAACUAUUUGGAGAGAGAGGAAAACAAAUGUCAGAUUCAGACCUCUGAUCUGCUUUAUUAUGAGAGUAAUCAGUUACCCAGCAAUGAACCAUGCGAAGAUAGGUUAUUAGUUGCUCAAGUGGCAGGAACGGAAACAUGCAUAUUCAGUGUGAUAGACGGACACGGUGGAUGGCAGUGCGCACACGCUAUAAAGCACAGACUGCCGUAUUACCUGGCACUGUACAUGUUAGAGGGGGCCGAGCUGACCUGGAGGAAUCCCAUGACAAGGGAAGACUGGAUACUGCCGAUACAAGGAGACGAUUACAACCUAUGGUUGGAGGACUACGUGUUUGACUUGAGAACAGCCCAGAGCUUCACCCACCGUUACAACAGAAAAAUGCUGCAAAACGAGCUUCUCAGUGUCAACUCACAAUUAGCCCUCGCUUUUGAGGAUUUAGACGAAGACAUAGGAACAGAAGCGAUCCCAGAAGAACAGCGAAUCACAAAAGAUACAGUGUCGCGACUAGUAACAGCAAGUUCGGGUGCUUGUUGCUGCACAGCAGUUGUUAAAGAUGGCACAGUGCAUGUGGCGGGCCUGGGAGAUUGCCGUGCUGUACUAGGUUCGUUAACCCCGGAAGGGAACAUGCGUGCCACCGUGCUCACGGAGGAACACAGAACAUACAACCCGAUUGAGCGCGAGCGCCUCAUCCGCGAACACCCCCAUGAAGAUGAGGAUAUCAUGUUCUUUGAUGAGCGCCUCUGUGGAAUUUUACAGCCUACCCGAGCGUUUGGUGAUGUGUCCCUGAAGUGGAGCGCGCGCGAGAAGGUUCUCAUGCAGUACGUGUUCGACGAUCCUGCCUACGUUCCCAACUACAUCUCGCCCCCCUACUUGUCCUGCACUCCUGACGUGCGCUCCACUCAACUCGACCAAAACUCUCAGUUCCUCAUUAUCGCUACAGAUGGUCUAUGGGACGGCAUGAGUGACGAUGAAAGUGUGAAACUUAUACAGAACAAACCAUCUGAUGUAAACAGCGCUACAUGGCUCAUACAGAACUCGCUGGCCCAGCACAACGAAAAGAGAUUGUCUAAAAUACUUAGUAUUCCUCCAGGACCCAUAUGUAGAAACGUUAGGGACGAUAUUUCAGUCAUCGUUAUUUAUUUUAAUACAUGAUAAAUAAUGUCAUACAGCCGUUGCUAUUUACGUAUCAAAUACUAUGAAAACCGUUUUCAAUUGAUUUUUCAAUUCAAGGGAUUAAGAAUAGCUGUGUUAUUUUAAUGUGACCCGCUGUUUUAA